AGUUGUCGCUGUAGGUUCGUUUUUGGUUAGCGGUAAAGCUAGAGCAGGAGUCGCUUCAUUUUUUAUAACGUAUUUACUCGAGUUAAACAAUAACUAUGGAGAUCGGGACAGAAAUAAGCAAGAAAAUAAGAGCGGCUAUCAAGGGAAAGCUUCAAGAGCUCGGUGCAUAUAUUGAUGAAGAGCUUCCUGACUAUAUUAUGGUGAUGGUUGCAAACAAGAAAACCUCUCAACAGAUGUCUGACGAUCUCUCCCUCUUCCUUGGAAACAACACUUAUAAAUUCACAGUGUGGCUACAGGGUGUCCUUGAGAAGUUAAGAUCUGUUGCAGUCGAGCCCGCAUCCCUAAGUGGAAAUCCGAUCCAGUCUGAAAGUGAUGCUUUGGCUGGGAUGGACCAGUCAUCUGCCAGCGAGGACGGCAGAGCAGAGGAGUUGAAGGUGCUGACGGUGUCCAGCUCCCGCUCUGAUAGGACUGAAGCGCGCGUGUCCAGUUCCGCUCAUGAAAGCAGGAGAGGUAGCUUGGAGAAGAGUUCCUCUCGACUUACCUCUGCGGUUAGGCCCCUCAUGGAGCCGCUCCCCUUAGAUGCGGUUCUUGACAUCAAGCCAGAGAUGGAUGAUGAUGACCUCAUCGCAGAGGAUCCUGUAGAGAUGGGGCCCAACCAUGGUCGAUCACGUGGCUCGGCGAGUAGACCCACAGCUGAAAUCUACAGACCGGGUCAGAGCAAGUUUACAUCAUUAAGCUCCGCGGAAACGUGUCGAUCGUCAGAAGGAUCCUCUCACUCCAGGCAGCAGGACAGCAGAAGCAGCAGAGCCUCCAGGACCGGAUCCAGCAGGCAGCAGGAUGAGUUGUCACGGAAGCGCAAGGCGCCGGUAGCGAGUUCUGUGGUGCGAGUGAAUCGUGCGGCCGAUGAAGACAGCGACGACAUGGAAGAGGAGGAUACAGGCUAUGGGGGCAGAAGCCUUUCCAGUCGAGUGUCCCUACCCUCCAAACCCGAACGCAAGCCCACUCUCCCUCCAGCGAAGCAAGCCAACAGGAAUCUGAUACUGAAGGCCAUCUCUGAGGCUCAAGACUCGAUUACCAGAACUACAUCCUACCCCACAAUAGCCCAGAGGAAGACUGUUCCUGUUGCACCUCGCACUCGUAUGGCCAGCAGUGAGGAUAUGACUGCAGCCAUCCAGCUGGUCCAGGAGCACCUCCACAGCCUGAACCCCAGGGUUCAGACCUACACCUCUGCAGAGCUGUCUCCCUCCAGAAGCACUGCUCCAGUGAGGUCUUUAGCUUCUCGCCUUCAGUUGGAUUUAGCCGAGAGCAAUGAAAGAGGGCAGGGUGACGACGGUGCUGAGGUUGCUGAGGGAAGUGAUACAAAGCCGUUUGAUACCCGCUCCUUUAUAGUGAGCCGACCGCAGCUGGGAGAGUCUUCAACCAAGAGCCAGCUUCCUCCGAACGUCAAGGGGGAUCUCCAGUCUGCUGUACCACGCACUGUCCAGGCCAGUAAGGAAUCUGCAAGCCCCAAGUUCAUAGUGACACUGGAUGGGGUACCGAGCCCACUGGGGAAUCUCGCCGAGUGCGAGAUGGAGCUGGAUUACGUGAGACCGCCCUCGAAGGUCGCCGAGGCGACCGCCCACGUGAACAGGGAUCCCAAAGUCAGCACCCUUCACAGACUACAGGGGAGAGUCACAUCACCAGAAGAUGAUAUGAUGGAAGUCGAGAUGGCGGAAGAGGGUGCCGUCUCUUUAAAGAAACGGAAGGUGACGGAGCGCUGCCGGUUUUGGCCGGUCUGUAAAAGUGGAGACGAGUGUUUGUAUCAUCACCCUACAACACAGUGCAAGACCUUUCCAUCUUGCAAGUUUGGGGAUAAAUGCCUUUUCGUGCAUCCCAAUUGUAAAUACGACGCCAGGUGCACCAAGCAGGACUGUCCCUUCACUCAUGUCAGCCGGAGAAGCACAGCUGCUCCUCCGCCCAGGCCAGCAGUGCAGCCAGUGCUGCAAACGGCCAGUGUGUGCCGCUUCUUCCCCGAGUGUAAGAAGAUGGACUGUCCAUUUUAUCAUCCCAAGCCUUGUCGCUUCGCGGCUCAGUGUAAGCGCACCGGAUGUACUUUCUACCACCCGACCACAGCGGUGCCUCCGAGACACGCCCUGAAGUGGACCAAGACGCAGAGCAGCUAAUAAAGGCCAGGGAGUCUGACAGUCUGAUGAUGGUUACGCUUUGGAGGAUGUUCGCCAUCUGUGUCUAUUGAUUUUCAUUCUUCAACUGUUGUUUCAUUUCAUUUUAAUAUUUUGUUUGUGUUCAUUUUUAAUGAAUCAUUUUGUAAGCUCAAAAGGUUUUUGCUCUCCGAAUAUUAAAAUACUCAACAGUGAACUUUAAA